CAGUGUGACGCGCUCGCUCCCGGUUGUGGCGGCGGUAAUGGCGCUGGGCUGCCGGCCUGACACGGACUGACAGCGGGCAGAGCGCCCCGGGCCGCGGAGAGGACAUGGCCACCAUGGAGAAACUGAUGAGGGCGUUCGAGUCCCUGAAAUCCUUCCAGCAGCAGCAAGGACCGGCCGUACCCGAGGAACCGGCACCCAAACCGAAGAAAGAUCCUUCUACAAACAAGAAAGAUCGUGUAAAUCACUGCCUGACAAUAUGUGAAAACAUUGUCGCUCAAUCUCUAAGGAAUUCUCCUGAGUUCCAGAAGCUGCUGGGAAUAGCCAUGGAACUGUUCCUACUGUGCAGUGAUGAUGCAGAAUCGGACGUCCGCAUGGUUGCCGAUGAAUGCCUGAAUAAAGUAGUAAAAGCUUUGAUGGACUCUAACCUGCCAAGACUGCAGCUGGAACUUUACAAGGAAAUUAAGAAGAACGGCGCACCAAGGAGUCUGAGAGCCGCACUCUGGAGAUUUGCAGAGCUUGCACAUCUUGUUCGCCCCCAAAAAUGCAGACCGUACCUGGUGAACCUACUUCCUUGUCUCACAAGGAUAAGCAAGCGCCAUGAAGAGUCUGUACAAGAGACACUUGCUGCUGCUAUUCCAAAGAUCAUGUCCGCCUUUGGUAACUUUGCAAAUGACAAUGAAAUCAAGGUUCUCUUGAAAGCAUUUAUAGCAAAUCUAAAAACUAGCUCUCCUACUAUACGUCGUACUGCAGCUGGUUCUGCAGUGAGCAUCUGUCAGCAUUCUCGAAGAACGCAGUAUUUCUACACAUGGCUUCUCAACGUUCUCUUGGGACUUCUUGUUCCUAUAGAGGAUGAACACCCAACCCUAUUAAUAUUGGGAGUUUUAUUAACACUACGGUACCUUAUCCCACUACUACAGCAGCAGGUGAAAGAUACAAGUCUAAAAGGGAGCUUUGGUGUGACCAAGAAAGAAGCAGAGGUUUCACCUUCUGUUGAACAGUUAAUACAGGUUUAUGAACUGACAUUACAUUACACACAGCACAGAGAUCACAAUGUGGUGACUGGUGCCUUGGAACUGCUGCAGCAAAUCUUUAGGACUCCCCCGAUUGAACUCCUUCACGUGUUGAGUGCUGUGGGGGGAAUCGGGCAGGUCAGUGUUUCCAGGGAUGAACUGCAAAGCCGCAGCCGCAGUGGCAGCAUCGUAGAUCUAAUAGCUGGUGGCAGUACUUGCAGUCCUGUACUUACAAGGAAACAAAAAGGCAAAAUCCAGUUGGGUGAAGAGGAAGGUUUGGAAGAUGAUGCUGAUGCAAAAACAGAUGUCGCAGCUGCACCUUUUGCAGGUGUUAAGAACGAUGUUUCAUCUGAUGUGGGCUCUUCCACUGGUGGCUCUGCUUCAGCGUCUGGAUCUGACACAGCCACCCAUGACAUAAUUACAGAACAGCCCCGAUCACAGCAUACGUUGCAGUCAGACUCUGUAGAUCUGAGCAACUCCGACUUGGCCAGCUCCAUAACAGAAGGUGAAGAGGAGGACAUUUUAAGUCGCAGCUCAAGCCAAAUCAGCACCGCCCAGUCUGACCCAAACAUGGACAUGAAUGAGGGAACCACCCAGGCUUCCUCACCCGUGAGUGACAGCUCACAAACAACUACCGAAGGUCCAGACUCUGCGGUCACCCCGUCAGACAGUUCUGAAAUUGUCUUAGACGGGGCAGAAAAUCUAUACUCUGGCAUGCAAAUCGGUCAGCUCCAAGACGAGGAAGAUGAAGGAGCAAUAGUUCACCAGGAGGAACCUUCUGAACAUUUUGGAAACUCUUCUCUUGGUCUGAAUCAAAGUCACCUGUUAAAAACCAUGGGCCAUAGCAGACAGUCCUCUGACAGUAGUGUUGAUCGCUUUGUGGCAAAGGAAGAUGCUGUGGACCCAGGUGAUCUGGAAAAUAAGCCCUCUAGGAUUAAAGGAGACAUUGGACAUUACACUGAUGCAGAUGCGACUCCUAUAAUUCACUGUGUUAGACUAUUGUCUGCCUCUUUCCUCCUUACUGGACAAAAAAAUGCUCUUGUACCAGAUCGAGAUGUUCGGGUCAGUGUGAAGGCCCUGGCAUUGAGUUGUGUUGGCGCAGCCGUUGCCUUGCAUCCUGAAGCUUUCUUCAGCAAAUUGUACAAGCUGUCUACAGAAAGCAUGGAACCUUUUGAAAAGCAAUAUGUAUCAGACAUCGUGAAUUAUAUUAACCACGGAGACCCUCAAGUUAGAGGUGCCACCGCUAUCCUCUGUGGGACCAUCGUCUUCUCCAUACUGAACAAGUCCCGCUUUGAUGCUGAAAACUGGCUUGCACACGUUAAAAGUAGUACAGGGAAUACUUUUUCUGUAAAAGAUUGCAUUCCAUUUUUGCAAAAAUCCUUGAAAGAUGAAUCAUCGGUAACGUGCAAGUUGGCAUGUGUUGCUGCCAGGCACUGCAUAACAAGUUUAUGUUGUAGCACGUACAGUGAGUUAGGUUUGCAGCUGCUGAUUGAUUUGCUCAGGCUUAAGAACAGCUCUUAUUGGCUCGUUAGAACAGAGCUUCUGGAAACUCUUGCAGAAAUCGAUUUCAGGUUAGUGAGUUUCUUAGAGGAGAGAGCGGAAACGUUACACAGAGGAGUUCAUCAUUACACUGGGUUAUUACAUCUUCAGGAUCGGGUUCUGCAUGAUGUGAUUAUCAGCUUGCUGGGAGAUGAGGAUGCCAGAGUACGACAUAUAGCAGCGGCGUCUUUAGUAAGGCUGGUGCCCAAGUUGUUCUACAGUUGUGAUCAAGGACAGGCGGACCCUGUUGCUGCAUCAGCGAGAGACCAAAGCAAUGUAUACCUCAAACUUCUCAUGCAUGAGACUCAACCUCUAUCUCACUUUGCAGUCAGUACCAUCACCAGGAUCUACAAAGGGUACAAUAUUCUUCAAAACCCAACGGACAUUAGCAUGGAAAAUAACUUAUCCCGGGUUAUCACUGCCGUGUCUCAUGCACUGACCACAUCAACCACGCGUGCGCUCACGUUUGGUUGCUGUGAAGCUCUUUGUCUCCUGUCAACCACGUAUCCAGUAUGCACGUGGAGUGUUGGGUGGCACUGUGGCUACGUCCCAUCCUCAAGUACACAAGCCUCACGAAUCAAUGUUUACAAGAACCGCGGGCGCUCCUUCAGCAUUUCACAGCAGAGCCCCUCUGAGGAAGCUGCCAAAACUUGCACAGCUGGAAUGGCCAGUAUGAUUCUCUCUCUUCUGUCGUCCGCUUGGUUCCCUCUGGAUCUCUCAGCCCAUCAGGAGGCCCUGGUCCUCAUUGGGAACCUAAUUGCAGCUACUGCUCCAAAAUCAUUAAAAAACCCUUGGACUGCAGAAGACGAAUCCAGUCAAGGGACAAACAAGCAGGAGGAGCCGUGGCCGUCUCUGGGUGACCGAACAAUGGUCAGCAUGGUGGAGCAACUCUUUAUUCACUUACUGAAGGCUAUCAACAUAUGUUCUCAUGUUAUAGAUGACAUCACUCCUGGUCCAGUUAUAAAGGCAACCCUACCUUCCCUAACUAACCCCCCUUCUUUAAGUCCAAUUCGCCGGAAGGGUAAGGAAAGAGAGAGUGCCGAGCAAACUGCUGUGCCGUUAAGUCCAAAAAAAGUCAGUGAAGCCACCCCAGCAUCCCGACAAGCAGAGGCGUCAGGUCCUACUCAAACAAGCAAAUCUCUUGGAAGCUUCUAUCAUCUUCCAUCCUACCUUAAACUAUAUGAUGUAUUGAAGGCUACUUACGCCAAUUAUAAGGUGUCCUUGGACCUUCAAAAUAACCAUGAAAAAUUUGGGGGGUUUUUACGUGCAGCUCUCAAUGUUUUAUCACAGAUUCUGGAGCUUGCUACACUCACAGAUAUUGGCAAGUGUGUUGAAGAAAUACUGGGAUAUUUAAAGUCUUGCUUUAGUAGGGAGCCGGUGAUGUCUACAGUAUGUGUACAGCAGUUAUUGAAGACACUCUUUGGAACCAACUUGGCAUCCCAGUUUGAAGUCUUGUCCUCAAACCCCGGUAAAUCUCAAGGGAAAGCUCAACGUUUGGGCUCAUCUAACCUCCGACCUGGCUUGUAUCAUUAUUGCUUCAUGGCUCCAUACACGCAUUUUACACAGGCACUGGCAGAUGCAAGCCUUAGAAACAUGGUUCAAGCAGACCAGGAACAAGAUACAUCCGGGUGGUUCGAUGUCCUUCAGAAGGUUUCUUCACAGCUGAAAAACAGCAUUACCAGUGUUACAAAGCAUCGAGCUGAUAAGAAUGCUAUUCACAAUCACAUUCGCCUGUUUGAACCACUCGUUAUAAAGGCAUUGAAGCAAUACACCACAACCACAUCUGUCCAGCUUCAAAGACAGGUUCUUGAUCUACUAGCUCAGCUGGUCCAGCUGCGUGUCAACUAUUGCCUGCUAGAUUCUGAUCAGGUGUUCAUAGGGUUUGUGCUGAAGCAGUUUGAAUACAUCGAAGUUGGCCAGUUCCGAGAAUCAGAGGCCAUUAUCCCCAAUGUGUUUUUCUUCCUGGUGCUGUUGUCAUAUGAGCGUUACCACUCAAAGCAGAUCAUCGGGAUCCCCAAAAUAAUUCAGUUAUGUGAUGGUAUCAUGGCCAGUGGAAGGAAGGCUGUCACUCAUGCAAUUCCUGCCCUUCAGCCUAUAGUCCAUGAUCUGUUUGUCCUGAGGGGAGCCAAUAAAGCUGAUGCUGGGAAAGAAUUGGAGACCCAAAAAGAAGUGGUUGUGUCAAUGCUUCUCAGACUUAUUCAGUAUCACCAGGUGCUGGAGAUGUUUAUCCUGGUACUGCAGCAGUGUCACAAGGAGAACGAAGAUAAGUGGAAGAGACUAUCCAGGCAGAUUGCAGAUGUCAUUUUGCCAAUGUUAUCAAAACAACAGAUGCACAUAGACUCUCACGAGGCUCUUGGUGUGCUAAAUACGCUAUUUGAAACACUGGCUCCGUCAUCUCUGCGUCCUGUAGACAUGUUAUUGAGAAGCAUGUUUGUCAUCCCUAGUUCUAUGGAGUCUGUCGGCACUGUCCAGCUCUGGAUAUCUGGAAUUUUGGCCAUUCUCAGGGUUCUAAUCUCGCAGUCCACGGAGGACAUUGUCCUAUCUCGUAUCCAGGAGUUAUCCUUCUCACCAUUGCUCAUAUGCUGCCAGAACAUUAGUAAACUGAGGAACGGGGACAAUAAUGGUGCAAUGACAGAAGGAAAUUAUGACCAAAACCAAAUAAAGGCUCCACCAGAGGAGACCUUUUCUCGGUUCCUGUUGCAGCUGGUGGGCAUCCUUUUGGAAGACAUAGUCCGCAAGGAGCUGAAGGUGGAUCUGAGCGAGCAGCAGCACACAUUCUACUGUCAGCAGCUGGGCACUUUACUAAUGUGCUUGAUCCACAUCUUCAAAUCAGGCACGUUCAGGAGGAUCACAAAUGCAGCUACAAGACUAUUCAAAGGAGACGGCGACAACGGCAACUUCUACACUUUGGAGUGUUUGAGCGACCUUGUAGAAUCCAUGUUUCCUACGCACCCUUCACUAGUGCUGCUCUGGUGUCAGUUCCUCCUCCUCAUUGACUACACCAACUACGACUGGUGGUCAGAGGUGCAUCAAACCCUUAAGAGGAACAGUCUGUCCAGCACCAAACUACUCCUGAGCCCCCAAAUGUCCACAGACAGUGAUGACUCGGAGCAAGAGGGCAAGCUUGGCAUGUGUAAUAGAGAAAUCGUUCGAAGAGGAGCCCUCAUCUUGUUUUGUGAUUAUGUGUGUCAGAACCUACAUGAUUCGGAACACCUGACCUGGCUGAUUGUGAACCAUGUGCAGGAUCUGAUUUACCUGUCCCAUGAGCCUCCCGUGCAGGAUUUUAUCAGCGCAAUACACAGGAAUUCAGCCGCCAGUGGCCUUUUCAUUCAAGCAAUCCAAUCCCGCUGUGAAAAUCUUUCAUCACCAACCAGUCUGAAGAAGACUUUGCAGUGCUUAGAGGGCAUCCACCUGAGCCAGUCUGGUGCAUUGUUAAUGCUGUACAUUGACAAGUUGCUGUGUACUCCUUUCCGCGUGCUUGCUCGCAUGGUGGACACGUUGGCCUGCCGCAGGGUGGAGAUGCUUCUGGCUGCAACGUCACAGACCAGUGUUUCUCAGUUACCAGUAGAAGAGCUGGACCGAAUCCAGACAUAUUUGCAGAACAGUGGCUUGGCACAGAGGCACCAAAGGCUUUAUUCCCUGCUGGACAGAUUUAGGUUUACCGUAGCUCCAGAAUCGAUUAGUCCAUCACCAUUAAUUACAACUCACCCGCUGGACGGGGAAAACCAGCCACCUUUAGAGACACUGGAUCCUGAUAAGGAUUGGUAUGUGGCGCUGGUUCGCUCUCAGUGCUAUACACCUUCCGACUGUGCAUUGCUGGAAGGAGCCGAACUAGUGAAUGAAAUUCCUCAAUCAGAACGCCCUGCUUUUAUGACCAACAAGAUGUUUAACCUGAGUUUGCUGGUCCCUUGCUUAGAACUGGGCGUCAAUCAGAUUGUAGGAGAGCAGAACAGCACUUUAUUUGAGGGGACGCAUACUGUUAUUCUGGAUCUUAUUUCUCACAAUGUCCAGCAGCUCCCAAAUAUCCACCAUCCUCUGCACCCUAUGCAGCUGGUUGAAAAAACGGAGUACUGGGAGAAGCUGAGCCUCCUGUAUGGAGAUACUGCUGUAUACAGCUCAAUUGUGACCCUUUGUCGGGCCUUGGCUCAGUAUCUGCUUUUACUGCCAAAACUGCCCCCUGCAUUUCACAUCCAACCGGAGAAAGAGGUGGAAAUUGUGACAUUUAUGGUGAUGUCUGUUGAGGCUGUAUCAUGGCAUUUCAUACAUGAAGAAAUUCCACUGAGCAUGGAUCUCCAGGCCGUGCUUGACUGCUGCUGUCUGACGUUACAGCAACCUGCACUGUGGAACUUGCUGGCCUCUGCAGACAGUAUAAGUCGUGCCUGUUCCCUGAUAGCCUGCGUGCGAUUUAUUAUUGAAGCAAUUGCAGUCAAACCUGGUGAGCAACUCCUCACUCCCGAAAGAAGAAAAAACAGUGUUCAAGAAGAUGAAGUGGAUUCUAGCACACACGAUGCGAUGUUGAUCAAGCAAGCUUGUAACAUGAUGGCUGAGAUGGUGGACUCCCUUCAGACAGUCUUUGUAUUUGGGCACAGAAAGAAUAGAAAUAUUGCAGGAUUUCUAACCCCUGUCUUCAGAAACACCAUAAUCAGCUUGGCUCGGCUGCCAUUAGUUAAUAGUUACACCAGGGUUCCUCCACUGGUAUGGAAACUUGGUUGGUCACCUAAAACAGGAGGAGACUUUGGGACGUCUCUUCCUGAAAUUCCAGUAGAAUUCUUGCAGGAGAAAGAAGUGUUUAAAGAAUUCAUAUAUCGUAUCAACACACUGGGAUGGACAAGUCGAACUCAAUUUGAGGAGACAUGGGCAACUCUUCUCGGAGUCUUGGUGACUCAGCCUAUUGUAAUGGACCAAGAAGAAAGUCAGCAAGAGGAGGACACAGAAAGGACUCAGAUCAAUGUGUUGGCAGUCCAGGCCAUCACAUCGUUAGUGCUCAGUGCAAUGACCAUUCCAGCUGCAGGCAACCCAGCCAUCAGCUCAUUGGAACAGCAGCCACGGAACAAGACCUUAAAAGCGCUAGACACAAGAUUUGGCAGAAAGUUAAGUGUUGUUAGAGGUAUUGUGGAACAAGAGGUCCAAGCAAUGGUCUCAAAGAGGGAGAAUAUUGCCACUCAUCAUCCGUAUCAAGCAUGGGAUCCUGUACCCUGUUUAUCCGCUUCAACUACAGGUGCCCUAAUUAGCCAUGAAAAACUCCUUUUGCAGAUCAAUACUGAGCGAGAAAUUGGAAACAUGCACUAUAAAUUAGGACAGGUUUCCAUUCACUCUAUGUGGUUGGGAAAUAGCAUCACCCCACUGCGAGAAGAAGAGAUUGAUGAGGACGAAGAAGAUGAAAAUGAUGCCCCUGCCCCUUCAUCACCACCAGUAUCUCCAAUAAAUUCCAGGAAGCAUCGUGCUGGAGUUGACGUUCAUUCCUGUUCCCAAUUUCUGCUUGAGCUCUACAGUCAGUGGAUUCUUCCCACAAACACAGGGAAGAAAAUGCCGGUCAUUCUCAUUAGUGAGGUGGUACGAUCGCUACUGGCGGUGUCUGAUUUAUUCACCGAGCGAAAUCAGUUUGAGAUGAUGUACACGUCUCUAACCGAGCUACAGAAGCAUCACCCAGCAGAGGAUGAAAUUCUCAAUCAGUAUCUGGUUCCUGCGAUCUGCAAAGCUGCUGCCGUAUUGGGAAUGGAUAAAGCGGUUGCCGAGCCAGUCAGCCGUUUACUAGAGACCACUUUGCGGAGCACUCAUAUACCAAGCCGCAUUGGGGCUCUGCAUGGCAUCCUCUACGUCCUGGAGUGUGACCUGCUGGAUGAAACUGCCAAACAGCUUAUACCAAUCAUCAGUGAUUAUCUGCUCUCAAAUCUGAGAGGAAUCGCACACUGUUUAAAUCUCCAUAACCAGCAGCAUGUCCUGGUGAUGUGUGCUGCAGCUUUCUACCUGAUUGAAAACUACCCAUUGGAUGUUGGGCCAGAAUUCACAGCUGGCAUCAUACAGAUGUGCGGAGUAAUGGUGUCAGGUAGUGAAGAAUCCACUCCAUCCACCAUCUACCACUGUGUUUUAAGAGGCUUGGAACGAUUACUCCUGUCUGAGCAGCUCUCCAGACUGGACGGGGAGGCUCUAGUGAAGCUGAGUGUUGACAGAGUAAAUAUGCACAGCCCCCACCGAGCAAUGACCGCACUCGGCUUAAUGCUUACUUGUAUGUACACAGGAAAAGAGAAGAUCAGUCCUGGCCGUAUGACUGAUCCCAGUCCUGCUGCUCCAGACAGUGAAUCGGUCAUUGUGGCCAUGGAACGAGUGUCCGUACUGUUUGACAGGAUAAGGAAAGGCUUCCCCUUCGAAGCUCGCGUUGUGGCCAGGAUCCUUCCACAGUUUUUAGACGACUUUUUCCCUCCGCAAGACGUAAUGAACAAAGUCAUUGGGGAGUUUUUGUCCAACCAGCAACCCUAUCCUCAGUUCAUGGCUACAGUAGUGUACAAGGUAUUUCAGACCUUACACACAACUGGCCAGUCUUCUAUGGUACGUGACUGGGUGAUGCUGUCCCUCUCGAACUUCACACAGCGUACUCCAGUUGCCAUGGCGAUGUGGAGCCUCUCCUGUUUCUUUGUCAGUGCUUCAACUAGCAAAUGGAUUUCAGCAAUUCUUCCUCAUGUUAUAAGCAGAAUGGGAAAAUCUGAGCCAGUGGACAUCAACCUCUUUUGCCUGGUUGCCAUAGACUUUUAUCGGCAUCAGAUAGAUGAAGAACUGGAUCGAAGAGCCUUCCAAUCUGUAUUUGAGGUGGUAGCUUCUCCCGGAAGUCCCUACCACCGGCUUUUGAUGUGUUUGCAAAAUGUUCACAAGAUGACAGUUUCUCAGUGGUGAGGUUUAUUCCAGAAAUUGCAACACAGACAAAAGCCAAAACAAAGCACUUGUUAAAAUCUGCGGGCAACUGUGUUCCAAUCAAUCUGUAACUAAAUAUCACCACCCACAGCUGUAAUGUGGCACCUGUUAUGCUAUGAAUGUUAGUCUUGUAAAUACGUUCUGAUCACACCUAGAUUUUACUAAAGUGAAUGUAAAAGUCAUCGUUCUAGACUUGUACAUGUUUUAUGGUAGGAAUUUCCUGCUGAAAAAAAUUACAUAGACUAAAAAGCUCAACAUAUACCUAUUAAUUUGUUUUACAGAACUUCCUCCUUUUUGUGAAAUACUUUUGUAUUGAUUUUGUUUCAAGGUUUCAGAUUUAUGAGGAUUGCACUUAAUGUAACACUGAAUUAUUUCUCUCUGUGCUGCCUUGAUGGCAGCAUGGUUAAUAUAUGGGGGAUUUUGAAUUACGUUAUAAUUAAAACUGUGAGGGUAAGAAUGGUGAGCAGAAAAUUUGCAUCACCUCUCCAACUUCCAAAAGGAUAAAGCAGUAGAGGCUAAUCUUGGCAGAUGUUCAUGAGCUGCAUUUUACAUGAUGUUCAACAAGGAUUUGGCUCCGAUUUGGCUAUUACAGAGUUAAAUGAGCCAAGGUCUGCCAUCGCGGGUUUCAAGCAUAGGAACCAGUAAGAGAAUAUUUACCAAGUCCGUGUUUUUUUUUUCUUUUCCUCUUUCCUUUGUCUAAUAUAAGUGUUACUGUGGUUUAAGAACAUCGGUGCACCAUUUGCACUGCAGUAAUCUUCUCCGCUCCUACAAAUAACUUGGUUAUUGGCAUAAAUGGUUUUAACUUAUAUUUCUAUAUCAUGUAAAAUAUGUAUAAUUGUAAAACCUACGGUGCAUGAUAUUCUGUAAUUUUAAAUGAACAAAGCCACUAUACAUGUCAUUUCACCUGUAUUGUCUGCUUUUCUUAAAAAUGUGCAGCCCAUAUCUAUUUUCUGCUUCCUCGUAUUCAUACCACUGGCAUCUCACAUUCAUAGAUUUAAAAUAGAAUGGUAGCGGUUUCAUGGAAGGCAACAUAUUGUGGCUUCCAUUCAUUCAAGUAUCGACCACUGUUCCAAUUCUAAAUCUUUAAAAAGAGGUGUGUGUUUUUUUUCUUUAACUUUAAAACUGUAAUGGUUAUUACAGCCAAAGUUUGUCAUAGAUUAUCUGCAGGGUGCCCCUGUGAUAGCAAGUCGUGUUGUGGUGGUGUUUGCAGAAUGUCAUCCUAAAUGUUUUUAUUCACUAAACUGUGAUUUUUUGUGAAUUCUAAACCAAAUUGCAAAAUGUAGUGGUUUUUGUUUUUGUUUUCCCUCCAAUUUGACUUAGUCUGAAUUUUGUAAUUCAAUUCAAUUCACAGUUUAAAGAAUGAACCUUAUAGUUUCUUCUUAUUGGGUAAUUAUGCCAUGUCCCUCACCCCUAAGUGAACCAUCACUUUAAUCUGCCAUAUUUCUGUCAUACACUCGUAAAAACCAGAGAAUACACCGAUAUUUGCACAGAAAUAUGUUUGAAUAUUUAUUAGCAUUUAAAAAAAAAAGAGACAAAAAAAAAUCAUCAUUCAGUACAAGGUAGGGAAUGGACGGGUGGCGUUUAGGUUACUGAUAACAGCAGUGAAUACACAAAGCAGACAAUGUAAAUUAAGCACUACAGGUGAAGCUACAUCUAUACAAAUGAGACUAGUAAAAAUGUAUGCAAGUAAAGGAGUGAUCUUCUCACCUACAAUAUAGUUUGGUUUCGAGUAUUCGAUGGAGUACGUCUGCAUAUGUUUUCCUGGGAGACAAAGCCAUUUGUGCUUGUUGAUCAUGUGUGAUUGGAAGUAAAUCAUCUUUGUGGCAUUGAUGGUUGAUUAGAGCCUUAGGACCUCAGGAAUGAAGGGUGAAGUGCUUACAUUGUGGGCAGUCUUCUCUCCCCUGUAGCAUGAUAGGAGUUGUAGUCUUAGAGUUAUGUAUGCCCUGCUAUCAGUGCACAUCCAGAAGUGUCUUGCUGCUUUUCACCCCUCUAAUGACUAGCCUUGUUUCUCUCAUAGUUAAAAGGUAUACAAUGUUUUCUAUUGCAGCAUCUUGUUUGUCCUAGAAAAACUGCAUUUUCAAGUAGAGACAAAUGUAUUUAAAAAAACACACAUAAAAUUAACAUGACCUUUUCAUUAAUGAUCCAAGAUGGUAUGUUAUACACUUUAUAAAUGUCAGAACAAUUGUUGUUAAAUAGAAUAGAGAUCUUUUAAGCAUGUCUUGGGAAAUGUAAAAUAUAGGCAAGUAAAACCCAAACCAUUUUAUUUUUUACAAGGCUUAAUUUGAAGUAAAUAAUUUGUUUAGCUCUAUACUUUUCAUACCGUUUUCCGUUAUUAUGCAUAGUUUAAGGUAUCUCAGAUUGAUAUUUAAGCAAAUAAUCUGUUGUUGUUCCGUUUGACGUUAAUCUGUCAUUAAUGGGAUUUAAGUUCUGCUGUGCAUGGAAUAUUGUGUGUGAAUACUUAAAGUGGCACUGUCACCCUCUCUCCAAAGAAGAGAGAGAACCUUCAAGAAAUAUUAAUUUUGAUUGUGUUAGAAUUUUACUGAACUUCCAGCCCAGUCAAAAGACAAAGUAGGGACUACAUUGUCUUCAUAUAUUUCCUCCACCUGACUUUCUUAGACUGUGAGUGGAGCUAUAGUGUCAAUCCAGACAGCGGUCAUCAGAGACGGCUUCAGGGAAUUGUCUCGAUCGAUGGAGGAUCCUCCAUAGACCUCAAUGUAUGCGCAAGAGUACAGCAGUGAUGUUGACUCCCUCUGAAGAAGACAUGAUGGAACAAGAUGCCCGUGCACACGAGGGAUAAGUUCACAUAAGUAAAUCUCACC